AGUCACUCCCAGUAUGUCUGAGGAAAGAGACAGAAAAGAAAAAAACAAAAACAAAAAAACGCUGACGAUCUCUGAAGGCUUUCUUCCCGCCUUUUUGCCUCCCUAGUUUGUCCUUAUAUUCGCCAUUGCUGCACGAAAGGUUGAAUCUUUGCGGUUGAGAUGUUUGACUUUAGCUUGCCUAUAGCUAGUAGAACAAGGAAGGGGCAGGAGAGAGUUUACAAGGAGUUCAAUGAAAAAAAGAAGCAGAAGAAGAAGAAUGAGGGUGGCUCGGCGCCCAAUGAUUUUGAGAAAUUGGGGUCUGAAUGCAUAGUUCUUUCGGAUGAUAGCAUGGAGGAUGUCGAUUCAGAGGGUUCUGAUUUAGAAAAGAGUGAGGGAAGUGAGAAGGUGGGGAAAGGGGGGAGUGUGGAGGUUGGGGGUGUUGAGACAAGUACAAGGUUAGGAGUGGAUUUGUCAGCCGAUUCUGUAGCUGAUUUGGAUGAUGGUGACAGUGAAGGUGUGAAAGUCAUUAGUUUGGUUAGUGAUAGUGAUGAUGAGGAGGUGUCAAUAAAUGAAGAGGCAGGUGGAGGAGACUCUGACGGCGAUAAGGAUAGUGAUUCGAGGAGUGUAGGUUCGGACGAUGAACACAAUGUGUACUUGGCUGAUGAUGAUGAUGAUGAUGAAGAUGAUAUUGAAAGCAUCUCUUCAGAUGAUGAUGCAAGUAAGUAUUUGAAUAAUGAGCGACCGGUUAAUUUAGAUUGUGAAACUGAGGAUGCGGAGAGAAGUGGAGGAGAGGGAGAAAAGGUUGGUAUUUGUCAAAAGAGAAAGAGAAACAUUGGAGAGGAUGGUCAAAAGUUCAAUUGUGUAGCACACCGUACUCGGUCACGGUCUACAAGUCAUUCUUCUGGCCAUGAUGAUCAGAGGGAUGAUGUUGAUAACAAUCACUGCAGUAGUCAGACAAAUAGGCAUCCUAAAAUGAAUUCAAAGUGCAACAAUAGAAGAAGUUGUGACAAUGAUGAGACCUAUGCUUGCAGUCUGAACAAUGGGCGUGAUAAAUGGAAUUAUGUGCAGAAAGCAUCUCAAAAGAAUGAAGGGCUGAGGAAGCUUACUAAGAAAAAGUGCACCAGGGUAAAAAAAGAUGCUAGUGCUUACAAAAUUCUAGCAGAUUCGAUUUAUGAGGAUGGAGAAUUGCUCCCAGAAGGGUCAGCUUCCUUCGGGGAUAAAGCCGUUAAAAAUGGAACUCUUCCGUUGAAGUUCUCAUUUGGUGAGCCGCCAAGUAUUGUUCCAGUAGAGAAGUCAGAUUGUGAGAAAGAACUAGAGAACCUUUUUAAAGAAAUGGAAUUUGCUAUUAGAUCUGCUCAGAUUGGUUCUACUGACUCUAGUGAGGUUGAAAUUAAUGACACAGUCCCUCCAGUUAAGGAAGUUACUCAGCAUAUGCUUUGUAGUCAAGGGAAACAUCAUCUUAUACUUGAUGAAGAAAUUGGACUGAUUUGCAAAUUUUGCCCUCAUGUGCAUCAGGAGAUCAAGUAUAUUGUACCAGAAUUUGCUCCAAACCCUUAUGGACGAUCUGGCAGGAGAUUUUAUGAAGAAGACAACCGGUCUAUUCCUGUUGAGCUACAAUGUCAUGACUCUGGGUCUGGCUUUAAUUCCCAUGCUCAUGUUGAUGGCACGGUAUGGGACUUAAUUCCUGGUGUUAAAAGUAGUGUGUAUCCUCAUCAGCGUGCAGGUUUUGAAUUUAUUUGGAGUCAUAUAGCCGGUGGAAUUCAUCUUGAAAAGUUGCAGAAGACAAGUAGUGCUGAUGGUGGGGGUGGAUGCAUAAUAUCACAUGCACCUGGAACAGGGAAGACACGUCUGACCAUUGUCUUUCUUCAGGCAUACAUGAGAUUUAACCCAAAAUGCAGGCCACUUAUAAUCGCUCCUCGUACCAUGCUUCUCACCUGGGAAGAGGAGUUUAAAAAAUGGGGCUUCGAUGUUCCCUUUCACAAUCUCAACAAUCAGAAUUUAUCCGGGAAGGAGAAUAAAGCAGCUCUCAAGAUUUUGGUGCAAGAUGGAGGCCAGCGCCAUGUGAAAAGUGUGGAUGGUAGUCGUUGGUUGAAGUUAUAUUCCUGGAAAAAGGAAAGAAGCAUCCUUGGAAUUAGUUACAGACUUUUUGAGAAACUUUCUACUGCGCAUAAUUCUGGAGGCAAGAAAGCUUACCUAGCUAAGACAAUGAGGAAUAUUCUAUUAGACUUUCCUGGUAUUGUAGUCUUUGAUGAAGGGCAUACACCUCGAAAUGAUAAGAGUCAUAUGUGGAAGGCUUCAUCAAAUAUCAAAACACAUAGACGUAUUAUUCUCUCAGGAACUCCUUUUCAAAACAAUUUUGAUGAGCUGUACAAUACAAUUUGCUUGGCAAGGCCAGACUGGAUCAGGCCUACAUGCAGUGGACGAAGCCUAAAAAGAAAUGUAGUGAAAGCGCAACAGACGUCUCCGGCCAAAUACAUUACCAAAGGUGCCGGUGAUAAAGCAAAACAAGCUGAGGAAAUAGGAGCUAGAAUUGCCCCAGUUGUGCAUGUUUACAGAGGUUCCAUAUUACGAGAUACACUUCCCGGGUUGAGGAACUCGAUUGUUGUUUUACAGCCAAGCAAGUUACAGAAAGAAAUUUCUACAAGAAUUCAAGAGAGGAAGGAUCUUCCAUUCUUUAAAGAUGAACAUUACGAGACUUUAAUAUCUGUUCAUCCUUCGGCUUUGCUGAACCUGGAGAAGGAAAAGAGGGUAUCCUUGCUUAAUCAGGUCGACUUGGAGAGGUUAAAGGAAAAAAGAUUAAAUCCUGAAUCUGGGAUGAAGGCAAAGUUUGUGAUUGAACUCGUACGGCUUAGUGAUGCUAUGAAUGAAAGAGUUCUGGUGUUCAGUCAGUAUAUUAAUGCCUUGACCUUUUUAAGGGAGCUUUUGAAAUCUCAGUUUCAAUGGACUGAAGGGGAAGAGAUUCUUUAUAUGUAUGGAGCAGAUGAUGAAAAGCAGCGCCAAACAUCAAUGAAGGCUUUCAAUGAUCCAUCAAGCAGAGCCAAGGUAUUAUUAGCCUCAACGAAAGGUUGUAACGAAGGAAUAAAUUUAGUUGGAGCUUCAAGGGUUGUGCUGCUUGAUGUUACAUGGAACCCAUCUGUUGAGAGGCAAGCUAUAUCCCGAGCAUACCGAUUGGGACAGAAGAAAAUAGUGUUCAUCUACCAUCUUCUCAUUGCUGGGGCAAGAGAAGAGGAUAAACACAGUAGGCAAGUUGAGAAGCAUCAUCUGUCUGAAUUGGUAUUUUCUUGUUCAGAUAUGGAAGCUGCCAAGAAAAUCCCAGCUGCAGUUGCAGAGGACAAGAUUUUGGAAGAGAUGGUUCAGCAUGAGAAACUCAAGCAUAUAUUUGAAAAGAUAACAUUACUGGAUGAAGCCUCAUGUUAUGACUAAUAUAAAGUUCUAUGAAGCUGAAAGCCUUUUGUCAGCUCGGACAUGUUGAAACUGUUCAAUUUUGCCAAAGUUUUUUUC